AUGUUACUCACACCAGCCAAGACUACAAGAACGGAAGACUCAGCAAACUCAACAGAUGACAGCAGUAAAAGCAGUAAUUCAUUCAUGCGUGCCAUAGUUUCUUCCCUUAUGGUUAAGCCCAUAACAUCUCUGACUAAUACAGUCACAUGCAGACAAAGUUCCCAUCACAAUAGCUCUCCAAGUAAAAUCACAAGAUAUGAUUUAAUCAAAGCUGCUGCUGAAAAUGACUUGAAAAGGAGUAAGUCUCAGGGACGAGAAAAAUCCAGAAGAAACUCUAAUCGUAGAAAUAAUGAAGAAAUUUUUGUGGCCAAUACUGCUUCAGAAAUCCAACGGACUAAAAGUAGCAUAUAG